GCCAGUUGACAGCAGAAGAAGAAGCCUGUUCCAAGCUUGCCGCUGGAGCUGUGUAGUACACCCAUUGUGUUCACGCCGUCGCUGAAGAACAAUCAUGAUUGACUUCCCACCAAGCAGCAGUUGCUUACGGCGGAAGGGAGCCGCUACUUCCAUUGGUCCUAGUAACGCACUACUCAGGUUCUUUCUUCAUCCUUUCGUCUUCGGAAUUGUGAUUUUCGUCACGUUCGACUUCAUGUUGCCUAACACCACGUCGGCUCCUGAACCAUACCCUAUGGAUAUUCUGCACGCCGCUGAUGGCGACGGCCCAAUCCCGAUGAACGCGACGCUUGUGAACAGCACUUCAUUGUGGGUUCUCAAUCACAGAGCCUAUUACACGUACUCUGCGUUUCUGGACAUUCAGUUCGGCGUCAUCCGUGUCUUGACCCUCAUCAACACAACGGACUACACUAAACGACGAAGGGUCUCUUCCUCGUUUGACUGCCAGGUGGGAUACGAGCCAGCCUUACCUAUUGACAGCAUCGAAGGAGAGCCGGCCUUGCUGGGAGACCUGUCAAACUUUCCGUUCGAUUCUUACUUCGUCAAUUGUCCGUACCGUAACGACACGGCGGUACCCACCGUUGUCUCGCUAUCGUACUGCGAGUUCAACUCUGCGAUCUGGCUUCCGAUUCAGCUGGUGCGCCGCAAAAGAAGCAAGAAGAUCCGGACCAUCGGCUUAUGCGUUGAGCCUUCCGCGGACGGCCUCAUAGAUGACAUCAGGGUCGCUGAAUAUUUGGCUUACUACCACAUAAUCGGCAUCACUGACUUCACAUUCUACAUCAGCAACACUACUCAAGACGUGAUGCGCUUUCUGCGAGCCCUGCAGCGUGCCGGCAUGAAGAUUUCUUUGAGGUUGUGGAUUGGCUCCAGUGUCACAAGCAGUGUCGGUUUGGCUGCCUUUAUCAACGAUUGCGCGUAUCGCUACAUGGACACGCCUGUUCAGUACAUUCUCAGUGCUGGACUGAACGAGUUCGUUGUCCCGCGUCGGAGGAAGACGCUUCAAAGUCUGCUGAACAAGACUAAAGAUGCUUAUUCGUCGUUCACGUUUCUAAGUUAUCCGUUCCAAGAAGUACCGACACCACUGCUGAGGACAGCAGAGCGGGGCAGGAGGCGAGAGACAGUCAGUCCUCCUGGAUUGACCUCGAGGGUAUUAGCGGAAGUGACCAGAAUCGUGGAAGCCGGUCUGCACGUCCCUCUUCAAAUGGAUGGUGGUGAACAGUACAUGUUCGACCCCGAUGAUGCAAGCGUUAAUUUGUACACUAAAAUGAAUACGCACUUCAACGAUACCGUAGAAGACAAUGUGGUGAUGAAAUUCAAGAAGCAAGUGCGCUCGUCACCCGUCUGGGACGUGCUCAGGAAAACAACCCGGAGGGCCUCCAGCCACGUGGCGAAGUACGACGGCUUUGGUGGAUCUGUGAAGAGUUGAAUAAGGUUGUAGGGGAUACUUCGCGUAAUACUGUAAAACUAUUAGGGCGCGCUUCUUUCUAUUUUUCCUUUUUUUUUUUUUUUUUGUUGCUUUGGCAGUUCUU